AUGUCAAACAAACAAUCUAAUCAACGUUUUGCCCAAUUCAAACUUGUGCUUUUAGGAGAGAGUGCAGUUGGUAAAUCAUCUAUUGUUCACCGUUUUGUCAAGAACACAUUUGAUGACAUGAGGGAAUCGACUAUAGGUGCCGCAUUUUUGACUCAAACUAUAACCAUACCGGAAUCUGAGACGACGAUUAAAUUUGAAAUAUGGGAUACUGCAGGACAGGAGCGUUACAAGUCAUUGGCACCAAUGUAUUAUAGAAAUGCCAAUGCUGCCUUAUGUGUUUAUGAUAUAACUAGUCGUAGCUCAUUUCAAAAAGCCCAAGAUUGGAUUAAAGAAUUGAAAAGACAAGCUCCAGAAGGCAUUGUUAUUGCUCUUGUUGGGAACAAGUCUGAUUUAGACGAUGAAAGAGAAGUUGAAUCAAGUGAAGUACAAGAGUAUGUUCAAGAACAAAAUGGUGAUUGUUGCUCUAUAAUUACUGCCGAAUGUUCUGCCAAAUCUGGAGAUGGGGUUUUGGAUGUAUUUAACAAAAUAGGAAGAGCUUUACCUGUUGACGAAGUUAUAGAUGCUAGUAGAUCGAGACAAGGAGUUGGUGCUGGAGGAAGAAGAGCAGGUGGUGUUGAUUUGAAUAGACCUAGAGGUCAAGUAAAUCAAAGCAGCUCUUGCUGCUAG